AUGACUACACUUUCACAGCAGACGCAGUCAACUUUGGCUGACGCACGUGAUGCCUUUGCACUUGGUGAGAUUAAACGUGCCACGUCUAUUCUCGAUACAGCCGCCGCUGAGCAACAAACACGUGCGGAGCUUAAUGAUCACUUCGCUAUUCGAUGUGUACAAGCGUCUAUUGCGGCUAUGGGGGGUGAGCGGACGGUGGGGAAUUGUAUGGCGGAUGUCGCCGCCUCCCCGUUACACCGACCAGUAACAUUAUACUUGGAGGGUCUCGCCGCAUUGGCAAAUGGUACAAGUUUGCAAACUGCCCGAGUUAAAUUUGAAGAGGCAAGUCGGGCAGAUGAACAUUUUGUUCUUGCAAAGAUGGGUCUUGCAGCUGUGAAUUACCACAUGAAGCGUUAUAAGAAAAGUUUUGCACAUUAUCGUGUCGUUUUGGAGACACUUGGAGACUUUAGUCCUCCUAUUGUGCGAGUGGGAAUGGGACUUUGUGCAUAUCAUUUAAAUCGAUUAGAUUAUGCUCAAAAGUGGUUAGAGCGAGCUUUGGAGGUUAACGCCGAUGAUGAAUUGGCAUUAUUGGCACUACUAGUUGUCUUUUUAGACCGUAGACAAAUUCCAAAAGUUGUUGAAGUAGCGCAACGACUACGAAAAUUGUUACCAGGUAAUGCUAUGGUAUUAUUAAAGGUUUCAGAUCUUGUUUAUUUCAGGGCAGUAUCACAAGAACGUGUUAAAGCGUCAGCAUCUUCUAUUCGUCAAUUAUUAACUGAAGUACGUCAAGUAGCAACAGUUGAAGAAGCCGCUAUAGCAGAUUAUCAAGAAGGACGAUUAUGUAUUGCCCUUGGUGAUUUGUCUAAUGCACGGGUAUUACUUGAAUCAUCAAUGCAAGUAAACCCUAAUUUAAUGGCUGCACGAAUUCACUACGCUAGGGUAUUAUUAUUAUCAGGAAGAGAAGUUGAGGCAGAACAAUUACUAUUACGUAUUAAUGCAGACCUUCCUAACCAAAAGGAAGUUUUACAACUUUUAACUGCCUAUGCUUCUCAAAGAGGAAUGCAUGAAAAAGCAUUACAGUACAGUUACUCACUUAUUAAUAAUGUGGCACCAGGAGAUAUUCGUUCAUGGUCUCUUGCUUCUUGGUGUGUACGAUUAAAGAAAGAAGAAGCGAAAAAACUUAUGUUACAUGUAGCUCGUAUCCGAAAAGAAGUUGGUGAACCUAUUUCAAUGCAUUUACUUGCUAAUAUUGCUUCAUUAAGUGAAGACUCUGAUGCUUUACAGGAUAUUAUAGACAGAGAACUUGGAGCAAACUUCUUAACUCAUUCUACACUACCCGUAGAGUAUGUCCCUCUUGUUUUUAAUUUGGCAUUACUCUUAGAAGAAAAAGAUCGUACAAGAGCAAGACAACUAUACAUUUUUCUUGUAAAACAACAUGGAUACUUUCAGUUACCUUAUCUUCGUCUGCAUUUAUUAGCAAAAACAGAUGGUUUAUUAAAACAAGCAGUAUCAUGGCUUGUGUUACUACAACAAGUAGUACCGGAAGAACCAACUUCACUAGCCUAUAUUGGUCAAAUAUUCUUUGAGAAUGAACGUUUUGGCGCUGCAAUGAGUGCUUUACGUUCUACCAGAAGUCGUCCAAUUCCAGUGGCUCUCGCUCUUGGUGCUACUUUUCUUUGGUGCAGUCAACAACAUGGAAAAGAUAAUAGACGUUUUUUGGCAAGUGCAAAGAAUCGCUUUUUAUUUGUACUACGUCGUGAUAAGGGAAAUAUACUAGCAGCACAUGGUUUAGCAUGCUGUCUUGGUCUGGAAGCAGAUUAUGAUCGUUGUCAAUCUUUGUUAGAUCGUGUGGGAGAAGUACUACCUAAUUGUGAUUAUGUUCGUAGUCAUUACGAAGCACAUACAGCAAAUGUAAAAACAUUAAAUGACAGUUUUAAACAGGCCAUUGAUUAUCUUGAACGUGAUACACAACGUACACCACUUCAAACAUCUUCAUUAGCAUUUUGUUUGGCUUGUGAAGGACAUUAUGAGGAUGCUAUAUCGGUACUCACAAAAGUGGUUGCAGAAAAUCCUAAUUUACCUCUUCUUAAGUAUAAUCUUGCCCUUUUGUAUUGUGCCGCAUUUGUCUUUGCUAUCUCACGUGAAGAAGCUCUUACUACUGAAAGUGCAAGAAAAUUACGUCAUUCUCUUGCUACUGGACUUACAACGGCAAAUGAAUUUAUCAGUCAAGAACCACGUUCGCAGGCGAUGGCAGUUGCAAGGACAUUUCUUAAAUCUGUCUGUGUAUACUGUUUAGAUUUAAAUGAUCGUAAUAUUAAUCGACUUAUUGUGGCUGGUCAGCAAAGUGCUGAAGAAUAUGAACGACAAUCUGAUCUCUGGCGUCGUGUUUACGAUGAGAUUCAAGAAGAAAAACGAAGAGCCGAAGAACAGCGUUUGGCUGAGGAGAAACAACGUCAAGAGCAAGAGUUACAAGUCUCACGUGAAAUCUUGGAGGACUAUAGGCGAUCCCAAUUCACACAACCAACUAUUCUUGAUGAAGAGAUGCGAACACAACUGGAGGCUUACCGCGCGGAGUUCGGCUCUGUGGUUCCCCCAUCUGGCGAAGAGGCAUCAUUAUUGUUACCAUCACUCUCAGAGGAGAACACUGCGGCCCAACAGAGUGCCGCAAUUCUCGGCGGGAUGAAUCUUGAAGAGUUGGAGACUGGCGAAGAGGAGGAAAAGACUCCUGGGGGUGUGAAGAGCGAAAAAGAAGAGACAACGGCGUGA